CGUGGGCACUGACGCUACCCUUGUGGUGUGUAAUCGCGUGGCUUUGAGCCUCAUUACAGGCUUUCACUUUCACCUUGUGCGUAAUCCAUUUCAGCCUUUCCAAUCUCCAUCCCAUCGUCGAUGGUCGCGAGCUCGACAGGCGACCUCUACUCUCCCUUUCAGCCAGGCAUGGCCAACGAAGACGGUCCCCAGUCGAGCUCUGAUGGGUCAGGCCUCCAUUCUCCAGUUUUCGGAGCUCACUAUCCCCCUGCGAACGGUGACAAUUUCCGGUAUCAGCAGGAUCAACUUCAUAUUCAGCAAGGAGUUCACGCCGCCCAAUUUGAAUACUUGCCGACGCUAGUGCAACAACCUCCGUUAAUUGACGCUGCACUAGAAAUCCCGAGCCCCGCGUCUGACGACCUUGCAUUUCAUGGCGGCUUCUCCGCCUCACCGCGCACACACCUUCGAGGCGAUUACCACGUUCCGCCUGCACGACUUCCGCCCACCCUCAGUGGCUCUGCUGCCGACUAUAGAUAUCAAGGCUCUUCUGAACGACGGUUGCCUGGUGGGACCCAUGACUCAACUUAUCACCGUGUUAGCGGAGGUAUUCCUUCUGUCUCCAUCGAUGACGAUCACCGACGCCCCCCGAUUUCGCCAACGGAACGUGUAGAAGUUUCUCCAACAACCAACACUACUAAUCCUGUCCGGGAGCCUCGGAGGGAAAUCUCUACCGUUGUCAUAGCUUGUCGCCAGUGCCGGGGCCGCAAAAUACGAUGCGACUCUACAAGACCCGUUUGCAACAACUGCGUCCGGCGGUCAAAUGUCUGCGAGUAUGACGCAGUCCCAAAACGUAGAGGACCUGAUAAGCGUCCAGGGACUCGUCAAAGAUCCUGCAAAAAGAGACCAACAGACGGCUCAGUUCCUCCUCCUCCGAAACGAAAACGUACUACUGCCCCGAAUCGACCAGAAGUGGCAUCCCCGAUUGAAGAAAUUAUGGGUGGUGGUUCUCUGAAGCAAUCACCGGCAGCAAGACCUGCUGAACGUCAGCAGGGCCAGCCGCUAAGCCCCUCGACACAAACAUCUUCCCCGAUAGACGCUCGCGUCCCAGGAGAUCAGUCGAUUUUGACCAAGUCUGAGCAUUCGCCUAAUUCCCGUCGAUACUAUCCGCAAGAUCCUGCCUCGUAUCCCAAGCCCUCAUUCCCAAGACCACUCGAUUUGAACGCCCUGCACUCACCCACUCGGGAGCACCAGAAAUUUCUUUCGCCUGCUUCGCCUGCCAUUGAGUCGGAUCGACGGUUGUGGUGGGAUAACUUUUUAAAGACUUACCCACUACGAGAUGUCGCUGAUGACCUGACAUAUCUGUUCACCGAUGCAGGAUACUGGCUGUCCUUCCUCAACAUAAAGUUUUUCAUGGACACCUUACUCAAUGCACAAGAACGUAUACGGAUUCAACCCGCCUUUGUCCUAUCUGCCCUAGCUAUGUCUACUCUGAUGAAGUCCUCCGAGACGGAGUACGCAGUUCAAGGCCGAACUCGUGCCCUCUACCUCCGAAGUAUGGCGCAGAACGCUCUGGAGGCCGCAUGGGAGUCGGAAUGGAUUGAUGCCGCCUUGGCUGAAGCUGCGCUUAUCCUGGCACUCUUCGAGACCUCCGUUCACCCCGAAUAUAGCCCGACACGCGUCGAAAGCGCGCUUAUCUUUUUGGAUAACAUCGUUCGUCGUCUUUCACUGACAUCUAUCGAUUCAAAUGACCCGGAUGUAUCCUUUUUUCCGCCACGGGGCGUCCCCGUCGUGCUCAUACCGGGUCUCGAUGCCUUCUCACGCUCGCCGCACGAGCGUACAUGCUCAUGCAUACCCGCCGAUGCUUCUCAUCCGCCAGAUCCUUUCAAUACCUGGUCCUACCCCCUACCUUGGGACUCUUCAUGGUCACCUAACGAAAUCCGCGACGAGGAAUGCCGUAGGGUCUGCUGGAGUGCUCUCGGUCUCAUCGCCAACUACACUCUUCAAUGUGCUGCGUUCGAUCGUGACCCCCCGAAGCUUUUUUUGAGCAGCCCUUCCAACUAUGCACUAUUAUUCCCGGGCGAAGCUGUCGAUCGUACAUCUCCCCCUUAUCGAUCAGCGGAUUCACAGUCACAGAAAGAGAGCGUUUGGGCGCUCUAUUGCCGGAGUAUGCUUCUUUGGUGCUUCUGCGAUCAACUACGGCGUGAGCCGUACGUGGAGGAAGACAAGGCCGAGUAUGCACAUGAAGCUUGGAACGAGACCCAGUCUAUCCAGGAUUCGUUAGAUUUGCAUGUCUGCAACCUCGAUACCGCCGUCAUGUACAUGUGUCGGGAGUAUAUCUACAACUCUCGAAUGGCAAUUACACAGGCGUUGCGUAGGUUGGUCCCUUCAUCCUCGAAUGUUGGAGGCCCUGUGUUCACCCGAAAGCAGGCCGAUGAGUGGAUUUAUUAUCAAGAGCAGAUUGUCAAGCGCGUGACCAUGUCUAUCCAACGUAUGAGUGGUGCCCAAGGACAUCAAUUGACGCGUCGUCCCUUUCAAGUAACUUGGUUUUCGAAUCAACUUGCACUCUGUCUUCGCCUCUGGACUAACGAUAGGUCCCUAUAUGGUGCUCUCGAAUUAGCCAAAGCCAUCAUCAUUCCCCUCGAUAUUGUCAAUUCGAUAUGGCCUUGCCCGCAGCAUCAGCAUCAGUGUGAUGACCUAAGGAAGCACCUCAUUGAAGCCUGCUCGUCUGUGGGCAUGGGCCUUCCUUCCCUUACAAACCGGUCGCUUCCGCCUCUUAUGAAGACACAUUGAUCGAUUUCUCCGAUAACAUUCCUAUCUGCUAUUCCUGGUUUUCCGAUCUUUGCUAUCUGUUAUCCGUUUUUCUUUGCUCUGUUUACUCGGUGUUUGUAUUGACUUCGUUGCUUAUCAGACUGUAGUUCCUAGCUUAUAUUGGUUUUCCCUCCGAGUCCAGAAUAUCCCCAUGUAGCACCAUUGAAUAUGCCCCGUCUAUAAUGUUUCCUUUAAUUACCAGAAUGACUCAACCGUCCUUUUGGUAUGAAUAUAGCGAUGUCACUUAAGUCGUAUUC